CGCAGGGUCCCCGCCCCGCCCGCGCCACGCGCCAGGGUGUGCACACGCGUCCAGCCGGUAACCCGCGGGAAGAGGAGCCAGCGGGAGCCGGGGUGCAGAGGCCUGUGGGCUGCGGGACCCCUCAAAAAGCCAAAGCAGCCGGUCUACUCCUUGGGGAAUUUUAACAACGAAAAGAGGAGGAGGAGCUGGCCUCUCACCUUUCCGCACCCUUCCGGGCCAUCACACCACGCUUACCUGCGCAGCAUAAUCCCUUUCUUCCUGGCCUCCUCAGCCUCUGCCUGUGCAGCCUGCUCUCCCCACAGCAGCUCAAGGGGCCAGGAGAACCCGACUCACAGAACAUCCCUCCUCUGCCUAGAAUCCUUAAAGUUCCCUCCUCACUCAGAAAAAAGCCCAAUUCCUCCCUGGGGAUAGUGGCACAUACCUGUCAUCCCACUACUCAGGAGGCUGAGGCAGGAGGAUUACUGCAAGGCAAGGCCAGCCUGGACUACAUAGCAAGAUCCUGUCACAAAAACUAAACAAGCAAACAAAAAAAUCUGAAAAGCCCCUCACUCUUGAAAAUCAAGGCAGGAUAUCUGUGACCCUUCCCCUGGCUUCAUCUCCCUCUAAUUGUCUACCUAACUCUUUUUGUUUUUGUUUUUGUUUUUAUUUAUUGAGACAGGGUCUCGCUGUGUAGUCCAGGC